CGCACACACCAUGGCUUUUAUGUUGGUGUGCGUUUUGGUGUUUACCAUUAGUGUCUGUAAAGCUCAACCUGCUGCUGCACCAGCUAUUUACGUAUUUGGUGACUCGUUUAUGGACGUCGGAAACAAUAAUUACCUACUACUUUCAGUUGUCAAGGCUAAUUUCCCCCACAAUGGCAUUGAUUUUCCCAACAGCAAACCCACCGGAAGAUUCUCUAAUGGGAAGAAUAUUGCUGACUUUCUUGUGAAGGAGAUUGGAUUACCAACGCCACCACCGUAUUUAUCGUUGGUUGGUGGUGCAACACCACCCAUCACUGGAGUCAGCUUUGCGUCUGGAGGCGGCGGCAUACUUAACGAAUCCGGUCGAAUAAUCGCUAUACAGGCACUUUCGUUAGGACAACAAGUGGACUACUUCACCAUGGUCCGCGACAGAUUGGUCCGUCAACUAGGACCAUCUGGUGCACAGGCCCAUCUAUCUGUUGGGAUUAAUCUUGAUCGGGUCGGUUACGGUUCAACAUACGGGUCACGGGUGAUGGUUAUGGAUCUGAACGUUUUGUUAAUAUUGGAUUGGUUGGGGUUUGGCCGAUUCAUAAGGACCUGUACGUUGGUGAAUUAUAUGCAUGUGGUUAAUUAGAGAAGUAGUCUAUUUAGUUGACCGAUUCUUAAGGAUAGGAAUUAGUUUUUUAUUAGUUUUAUUAUUCCCACGUUUGUAAUGUUGUGGCUAUUUAAAGCCUUUGUUUUAUUGAAUAGAAUAACC